CAAAUUCUUCACACAAACAAAAACACGUAAUUCCAACCACUUCUUGAACAAAAGCAACCUUAACCAACAAAAAAAAAAAACAUGUGUACCGUUGCUAUAUCAAACUCACCGGCAUUCUCGCCGGCACCUAGGGUUCCGGUAAGAUCAUCUUCAUUUUCUUCUUCUUCUUGUAAAUCAUCUGAAACCUUAACCCUAACAAGAUUUCCUUCAUUCAGUUCUUCUUCUUCUUCUUCUCCGUCUUCAAAAACUACAAUAACAGCAUACCCAGUACCCUUGGCUCCUUCUUCUUCUUCUUCUUCUCCGUCUUCGCAAUUGAAAGUUCUUCCCAUUAGCCUUAUUAGAAAUUCUACCCAUUGUUCUACUUCUGCCCCGAGUUCUAGUUCUUCUUCCACGACGGUUUUGAAGAGGAAGAGACCGGCUAGGUUGGAUAUUCCGGUUGUUGUUUCAAAGACUCUUGAGAAUUUUCGUGUGAAUCAGGUGGUGAUGGUGGAUGACGUAGAGGAUGAGGGUGAGGGAUAUUAUGUAUGUUGUAAGCGUGGAAGGAGAGGUGCAAUGGAGGAUCGUUACUCUGCACUUGUCAAUUCACAAGGACAUUCCAAACAGGGUAUGUUUGGCAUAUUUGAUGGACAUGGAGGAGCUAAAGCUGCUGAGUUUGCAGCAGAGCACUUGAAUAAGAACAUUAUGGAUGAACUAGUAAAGAGGAAUGAUGAAGAUAUCGCGGAGUCAGUUAAAAUGGGUUAUUUAAAGACGGAUUCUGAAUUUCUCAGCCAAGAUUUUCGGGGUGGAUCGUGUUGUGUAACGGCAUUAAUCAGGAACAGUAAUCUAGCGGUAUCCAAUGCUGGCGAUUGUCGUGCUGUUGUUAGCAGAGGUGGGAUUGCUGAAGCACUGACCACAGAUCACAAGCCUUCAAGAAAAGACGAGAAGGACAGAAUUGAGACUUCGGGUGGCUAUGUAGAUUGUUCUAAUGGUGUUUGGAGAAUCCAGGGAUCUCUUGCUGUGUCAAGAGGUGUAGGAGAUCGGUAUCUUAAACAAUGGAUUAUCGCAGAACCCGAGACAAAAGUCCUUGAACUUAAUCCUGAAUUGGAGUUCUUAGUCCUUGCAUCUGAUGGUUUAUGGGAUAAAGUCAGCAAUCAAGAAGUAGUAGAUGCUGCUAGGCCUUUGUGUACAGGCAUCAAUAACCCACAACCAUUGUUGGCCUCUAAAAAGCUUAUCGACCUUGCUGCUUCACGAGGUUCUGUUGAUGAUAUAAGUGUGAUGAUAAUUCAGCUGCAGCAAUUUUGCUGACUGUCUAACUGGCGGAAAUCUAGAUUAAUCGGGCCAGAGUGAUUCGGAUACCGGAUGCCUAAAAACUGUUGAAUGGUUGGAUGAAUACUUUCUCAACUAACUUCCCAGGAUAAUGUAGUCGAUAAAAAUUUUACUUGUAAAAAGUUUUGGGAUACCUAUGUAAAUUGGAUAGUUUUCAGAUAUUCUUUCCAUUUUCCCCUAAUCCCUAUCUGUAGUUCUUUUAAAUUUUGCCUGAAUAGCAAAUUGUGAAAUGAGAAAACCUCUUUCUUAUU